AUGAUGUUGACGAUUUCUCAUGCACGCGUUGUAUUCUUCGUGUCCUCAUCCAGAAAGAACACCGCAUUGUUAUUUGUCAUCUGCUGUCUGUUUAUUCAUGCCGCCAGUUUGCCACCAAAAUUGACCUAUAUGGUCAAAGAGGAAGUUCGUGUGCACACAUUUGUUGGAAAUGUAUUAUUGGAUGUGCAAUUCCCCGACACCAAUCUGUCUAACACUCGUUUGCAAGCCCGAACGGAAUCGCUUAGCUUGUACGAGCUUAGUGUACAGGGGGCAAAUUUGUUCCAGUUGGAUUCAGAAACCGCGGAUCUGUACACCAGUGCUCGUAUCGAUCGUGAAGCUGUGUGUCCUCGGACAAAACCACGCAUAGACAAGGAAUCGAGUAUCGGUUUGGUGGCAUUGAUGAAAGAUUUCGCCCAACCGAACGCGAAUGAACCGGUUAAAGUGGAUAAAUGUACAUUGGAAUUCGCGGUGGUUCGUAAAUUACGCGGGAUCGCUGAAGAACAGUGGGUCUCGUUGACGAUCGAGAUUGAGGAUGUGGAUGAUAAUGCUCCCACAUUUCUGGAAUUUACCGCGCCCGACUGGAGUGGAUUUCAUAAUAUUUGGAUUCGAGAAGAUAUUCCUAUCGGCUACAAAUACCCUUUGCCAAAUGCAUUUGAUGCAGAUAUCGGCCUAAAUGCAUUGAUUAAUUAUCGAUUGGAAUUUGAAUCACCUAAUCAAAUGGUUAAGCCUAUAGUGCUCCAACCCCUGGACUAUGAGGAACAAAAAGAGUAUCGUCUUGGGUUAAUUGCCUGUUCGACAAAGAUGCAAACAAAUAAAAGUGAUAUAAAAUGUGCUCGUUUACCGGUACGUGUAUUAGUUCGUGACGUGAACGACAAUGAGCCACGUCUAAUCUAUCCUAUUCAAUCGAUUCAUGAAUUGACGAUUUCAGAAUCCGUAUCUGUGGGUACCGUGUUGCUUAAAGUUGAAGCAACGGAUGUUGAUGACGGUGAAGCUGGACGACUCACUUAUAGCCUCCAGUCCGCGGAUAAUCCUUCCAUUCCGAUGGGAACAUUGAAAAACGCUACCCAAUGGAUCACUAUCGAUCCAAGCACGGGUGAAUUACGCCUGGCUCGUAACGUAUCCGCUCAUGAUACGCCAACAUUUCGUAUCAUGAUACUGAUUAGUGAUAACGGUGUACCACGGAAAUCCACCAAACUGAUGCUUGUGAUUCACAUCUCUGAUGCAAACAAUCACGCUCCACAGAUUGUGGUGAAACGAGUUGGUUGUAAUCACGAGGAGGAUGAGACAAAUGAACUGGUGAUUGAUCGAGCUGUGGAGACUAAUAACCACGUCGGUUUGGUAUUUGUAUCUGACGCAGACCUAGACCUGAAUGGAAUGGUGGAUUGUUGGAUCGAAAUGAUGGAUAAUGAAAUUCAUCGAUUAUUUGGCAUUGAACUUAAACUAGUGGGUACCGGUAAAGUGUCCGAUCGAUAUGUGUACAUGUUGCAAACGCGAAUAUCCACACAGUCUAAUAAUUUUCGAUCGAUGACGAGAAAUUUGAAUCUAUCAGAUGUGGAAAAGCCGUUUACCACUAUGUUAAUCAUUUGUGCGGAUAAAGGUAAACCUCAUCCACUCACAUCAUCUGUCAAACUGACUGUUACGGUUGUAGAUCGACGUGUACAGGAAUUGUGUUUCGAGCAAAAAUCGUACACUCUUCACGUGAUCGAGACCAAUCGACCGCAGACCCAACUGCUACGUGUUCAACUACAAGAGAUCAGUGUUCGAGCACAGUUUCGUCUCAAAGCGACUGUGGAGCAUGAACGACCGUGUCAACAAUUCUAUCUGGAUCCGUUGAACGGAGCCCUAAGCACACCACACGGGAUAGAUCGUGAAGUGGCCGCCUCGUUCGAAUGUUUGAUUGUGGCUGAAGAAGAGGAAGAAAUGGAUGAUGGUGAAAAGCCAACAUCUGUCUCAGAUCAGUCUGUGAAUCGUCGAAUGGCUCAAGCAAAAUUAACGGUGCAUGUAGCCGAUGUGAACGAUAACGCUCCCGCUCUCAUUCCAUCCCUAAUGAUCAGUGGAUUGUCUGUAAUUGAGUGGGAUGCACAAGUGAUGGAUACGGCAGAAUCCCUCCUGUCUUAUCCACUGCAAGUUGGCACAAUCAUUGCACGUGACCCGGACGCCGGUGAGAAUGGUACUAUCACUUAUCAACUGGAGGGUCUCACCGCGGAGCGAGCUGAUCGCCCACCCAUUGGAGUCGAGAUACAUCUGCCUCGAUUCGACAUUCAUCCAAACACCGGUCAGGUGACACUGGAACGAGAUCAACACCCUCUGAUUGAUCGAGAAUUGGUUCAAGCAUAUCAGCUUCGAGUACUUCUUGAAGAUCGUGGUCAAGUAUUAAAACGUAGCGUGAUCACACGCAUUCCGAUUUAUGUAAUGGAUGUGAAUGACAAUACACCCGAAUGGAUGCCCCACAUGAUUGUCCCGAAUGAUCACAUAACUGUGUUUCCUGUUCAAACUGGUGCUGCCUUUCUGAACGGAUUAGAGGUUGUAGGCCCACCAAUGCGACUGCGUUUGCCCUCAGUGGGUUUACCCCGGCUUCUACAGGUCACGUGGUUCCAAGAUCGUUCCACGGGGAGCACAAACGAAUGGCUAGCAGAGAUGCAAGCGACUGAUAGAGAUCAGGGAGAAAAUGCUCGCCUCACAUUUUAUAAACUGAACCCAAAUCAACUCAGCCCGGGCAUUCGAGGCCAUGCGAUGGAUUUACCUAAUGAAGCGUUGGAAAUUUAUUCGGAUGGGACCAUGAAAGUGCUAAGCACAUUCCUCAAUCCGAACUGGUUAUACAUGUCCGCCGUUCUGGUCCAAGAUAACGGAAAAUCACGUAAGCUACAAACAUUUGGCUAUUUUUAUGUAAAUCUCAGUAGCAUUGUUGAUACGAAUGGCGGACAGGAAGGAACCCCGGAACAUAAACAAAGCCAAGCAGAACGUUCCAAAGAAACUAAUUCACAGGAUAACCGUGACCAGCCGACAGCGACGCAAACCGUGUUCACCGAGAAAUUGAAGCUCACGGUUGCUAUUUUACUCUGUUCCGGUCUGGUUGUGAUCCUGACGGUCAGUCUGGUCUGUUGUAUCCUAAGUCGACGUGGAUAUCCGGGAGGCGCUGUGAACGGAUUUUCACCCGGACAGCAGCACCCUCGAGCACCACAAUCACGAGUAGCGCAGAAUCGAACCAAUCAUCUGGUCAAUCGUUAUAUGGCUGGCGAAUUAAUUCUGAAACAUCACAACAUUAAAGAGCUUCAUUCUAAACCUGCUUUCCUUAGCACUGGGCAAUGA